UGGUGAUUUGAUUGCAGAAAGUGUUUGAUCGUCCAAUAUGAAGCAGUACCUAGUGAUUGCACUCGUGCUCGCGGCCAUUCUGGCCAUGAUCAGCGCCCAUCCUCUGGAGGAGCAAAAGGUCACCCUGGAAGAUGCUGAGGCGCAGCCGGGAAUCGAUGAUGGCACUGGAGAUAGGAUCGCUCGUCACUUUGGCUUCGGAGGCUUUGGCGGUGGCUAUGGCCGUGGAGGAUUCUGCUGUGGAGGAGGCGGUGGCUUCCGCCGCGGUGGCUACGGUGGCUACGGCGGCUAUGGCGGCUAUCCCAGAGGUGGUUUUGGUGGAGGUGGAGGCAGUGCUUCGGCCUCGGCGUCAGCUUCAGCCAGUUCCAGUUGGGGAAAAUAGUUACUCACUGUAAUUGGGACAAAUAUAAAUAGAAAAAUCGAAACGAAAA